UUGCAGUAAGAAUUAAAUUAAUUUAACCUCAAAAAUAAAUGAUUACGAUUCCAUUCCAAUUUUGAACGUCAUAAUUUGCAGAGACACGUCGAUGACAUAUGGUAUACUUUCGGAAUGGUUUUAUUGGAGAAUGAUGCGUUUUUAUUGGAGCUUAACAAACUUUUUGAAAGAUCACGAUCGAAUGGUUCUGUAUCACUUACUAUAAAGAGAUAUAAUGGGCAUAAUAAACCUGAAUCAAGGAAAGGUCAAGUAUCUCUCCCACCACCAUCAGAAUAUUUUUGUUUAGUACGAGCUAAACUUAAAUCAAAAAAACUUUCCACAGUUAUUCAUUCUAAAGAUGUGAAUAAAUUUCAACAAGCUUAUUGGAAUCUACUUAAAACAAAUAUAAAUGGACUAAAAAAAUUAAAAAAAAUUAAAUCAGUCAAACCCAAAGCUCAUUAAAAAUAUAAACAAGAUAAUUAGAAAUAUACAUUUUUCUAGUAUGUAUCAUACAGUCUCCCAAUUAUAAUGGGUAAUUACUACAUA